UGGGAAGUUCGAUUUGCAAACCAGAUCUGAUCACCUUAUUGGAGCAGGAGAGAGAGCCCUGGAUGGUUGUGAAGGAAGAGACAGAGAGGCCGAGCCCAGAUUUGGAGUCAUGUUAUGAAGCUGAGAAUAUAUCUCCAGAGAAUUGUAUCUAUAAUAUAAAGCCACCCAAACAGAGCGUAAAGCAAUUAAGUAAAACUUUUGACCUUACGGGUUCCCAUUUUAGUAAUGGUCCCAAUGAUACAUUCAAGGGACUACAAGGUUGUCAAGAAGGAGAUGCUAAUCAAAUUACUAACAAGGAACAAAUGCCUACUCGCACCUGCCGGACUCUUACUCACACUAUAGAAAAAGCAUACGAAUGUAAAGAGUGUGGGAAGUACUUUGGUUGUAGGUCAAAUCCUACUCAGCAUCAGAGUGUUCAUACUGGAGAGAAGCCCUAUGAAUGUCAGGAAUGUGGGAAGACCUUCAGACUCCACCAACAGCUUACAAGACAUCAGAAAUCCCACAGUGGUGAGAAACCUUUCAAAUGUGAUGAAUGUGGAAAAGCGUUUCAUCUUCCCACCCUGCUAAAGUACCAUAAAACCAUUCAUACAGGUACAAAACCAUUUGAGUGUGAGGACUGUGGGAAGUCCUUCAAUCGUGUUUCUACCCUUUUUCAACAUAGGAUCAUUCAUGCUGGUGUGAAACCAUAUGAAUGUAACGAGUGUGGGAAAGCCUUUAAUCGACGAUCUAACCUCAUGCAGCAUCAGAAAAUUCAUUCCAGUGAGAGACCCUUUCAGUGUAAGGAAUGUGGAAAGGCCUUCACUAUGUUGGCACAGCUCACUCGGCACCAGAACAUUCAUACUUCAGAGAAAUCAUUUGAAUGUAAGCAAUGUGGGAAGAUAUUUAGUAGUGGCUCUUACCUUAUACGACACCAGAGUACUCAUACCAGUGAGAAACCUUUUGAAUGUACUGUGUGUGGGAAAGCUUUUAGGCUUCACCUAUACCUUUCUGAGCAUCAGAAAACUCACACUGAUGACAAACCUUUCAAGUGUAAGCUCUGUGGGUCAGCUUUCAGACGGAAGUACCAGCUUAGUGAACAUCAAAGAAUUCAUACUGAUGUGAAACCCUAUCAGUGCAAGGAUUGUGGGAAAUUCUUUCGUAGACGGUCAAAUUUUACUGAGCAUCAGAGUAUUCACACUGGAAAAAAACCUUUUGAGUGUAAAGAAUGUGGAAAGCUCUUUAGACUUAAUAUACAUCUCAUUCGACAUCAGAGAUUUCAUAGUGGUGAGAGACCUUUUGAGUGUAAAGAAUGUGGGAAGGCUUUUCAUUUUUUCAGCCAGCUUAAUUACCAUAAAACAAUUCAUACAGGUGAAACACCUUUUGAAUGUAAGGAAUGUGGGAAGUCCUUCAAGCGUGUCUCCAGCCUUGUUGAACACAGGAUUAUUCAUGCUGGUGUGAAACCAUAUGAAUGUAAUGAGUGUGGGAAAGCCUUUAAUCGUCGCUCAAACCUCAUGCAACACCAGAAAAUUCAUUCUGGUGAGAGACCCUUUCAAUGUGAGGAAUGUGGAAAGGCCUUCACUGUUCUGGCACAACUAACACGACACCAGACCAUUCAUACUGGAGAGAAAUCAUUUGAGUGUGAGCAGUGUGGGUCAGCCUUCAGACUUCAGUACCAGCUUACCCAACAUCAGAGGAUUCAUACUGAUGUGAAAUCAUUUCAGUGCAAAGUGUGCGGAAAGGGCUUUCUUCGUAGUACAGGCCUUAGAAUCCAUGAGAGAAUCCACACUGGUGAGAAGCCAUUUCAAUGUAAAGAAUGUGGGGAAGCUUUUCAGUAUCACUACCAGUUUCUUGGACAUUUUAGAAUACAUACUGGCAAGAAUCCUUAUGAAUGUAAAGAAUGUGGGAAGUACUUUACUCGUGGUGGAGACCUUAAAGUACAUCAAAGAAUUCACACUGGUGCAAAACCUUUCCAAUGUUAAGACUGUGGGAAGGCCUGUAGUUGAAAUAAAACUUGGUUUGACAUGCUAAUCUUCACAAGAAGCCUUAUGCUGUAAGGAAUGUAGAAAACCAGUAAUUCUAAACUAGCUGUAUGUCACAGAAUUCAUACUGGUGAGAAACGCUAUGAUGUAAGAUGUGAGAAAAUGUUUAGAUUAAGUUCAGCCUUCAGUGCAUAUCAGAGAAUUCAUAUUUUUAUGAAGCCCCAUUACUGUAAAGAAUGUGGAAAGACCAUCGACCAGGGCCUUGACCUUCCUCAACAUAAAAGGACCCAUGCUAUUCUUAAACUAUGCAAAGAAUGUAGGAACAUUUAUAGAAUAGCUGAGUUCUUAAAGCUCAUCAGAGACUCCAUAUAUGUCUGAAACCCUAUGAAUGUAAAGAAUAGAGAAAAGCCUUUAUUGUAAAUGGUGAGAUUACACAACAUUAGAAAAUAAAAGUGGACAAGCCUUUGUAUGGAUAUUUUACUGACCAUCAAAGAACUCAAUGUAACUCAAAAGAAUGUGGGAACAAUUUUAAUCUGUUCUAGAAUUUGAGCAACAUAAGGUUAUUCAUAUGCUCUUGAUACCAAGAAAUCUUGAUAGAAUCAAAGUGUAGGAAGUUUGAUGCUUAAGAAGACGCCAUACUGAGAAUGUCUUUGUCGGUUUUGUAGCCGUCAUGUUCUUGCUUUAUCUCAUCCUUAAUGCAACUGUUCAUUGUAUAAACUUAACUCUCCAAACACUGCUCAGCCAAUUUACGAAGAGCACUUAUUGGAACUAGGAUUAUCUGAGGCAUCCUUUUUUUGUUGCUGUAUUAGAAUGGACUUUUACUUUGUCUUCAUUUCUUAAUGCUGGCCACAGUACUAGCCAGAGUUGUGGAAACAGGGUUAUAAUCGAUACAGAAUUCUUGAAACAAUAUUUGAUUUAUGCACAUGAUCUGUAAAGUAGCUUUUACAGUAUUCUUGCUUUUAUUGGCAUACUGUAACUGGUGUGAAAGGCAAAUUGUAUAGCAGGUAGUUUGGAAAAGCCUCAUGAAUUCUCCAAAAUUAAAUUUCAAAUUUAUUUUCAUUGAGAAUCCAUUGCUUGAGCUUUUCUGCAGAGAAAUCAAAAGCCCAGGUGAUGGUGAAUAUGUA